GGCUGAGUGCCCGGAGGUGAGUGCGCAGGCGCGCAGGGACCGCGGGGGUGUUGGCGCCGGAGUCAGGUGGGCGCCGCUGGGAAGCGACCCGAGAGGGCUGAGCCCUGCUGAGGUCCUCGGAGAACAUCGCCUUGUGGACAAGAACGUGCUUCUCCGGCGCGGGGUGCAUGGCCAUGAGCAACCACAGGACGGCACUGCCCGGAGGAACCCAUUCCACCUGAGCAGCGCAGGGCGAGCAGGCCAUGUACUCAUCUGCCCCACCUGCCCUGCGCGCUGCCCCUCCCCAGACUUGGACUCUCCGUGAGGAGGAAAGGAUGCCAGCCACACGGGUGAAGCCCAAGCCCAGGGUGGUGACGUUCGGGGACCUGGCCAUCUACUUCUCCCAGGAGGAGUGGGAGGGACUGAGCCCCCAGCAGAGAGGUCUGUACAAGGGCGUCAUGUUGGAGAACUACCAGACCCUGGUCUCUCUCGGACUGUGCGGUCGGAAGCCAAGUAUGAUCGCCUUGUUGGAGAAAGGACAAGCGCCCUGGAUGGAGAGAUUCGUGAGACUGCCCUGUGGCCUGGGGUCUAAAUGUGAGACCAACAAGUUACGUCCCGAUCAUUGCAACAAACCUGGGCAAAGCAUCUACCAGAAACCAGUUUCUGCAGCACGAAAAGGUCCCACAGGAAAGAGAGGCUGCACGAAAAAUGCACUCCUAAAGAAACCCAAGAAAGUGCAUCCAGGGAAGAAGAAGGCUUUAAAAUGUAAUGACUGUGGGAAAACCUUUAGUCAAAGCUUGUCUCUGAAACUUCAUCAGAAUUCCCACACUGAAGAGAGACCUUACGAAUGUAGUCAUUGUAGCAAAGCCUUCAGACAGGUCUCAUCCCUCCUCCUCCAUCAGAGAAUUCACAACGGAAAGAAAAGCCACGAAUGUGAUGAAUGUGGGGAAAGCUUCACGCAAAGGACCUCGCUGCUUCUGCAUGAGAAAAGUCAUGGUGGAAAGGGAACCUUUGACUGUGGGAAGGCCUUGAGUCCGUGUCCAACCCUCAGGACACAUCAGAAAACUCGCCUUGAUGAAAAUGCCCACCAGUGCAGGAAACAUGGGAAAUCCUUCAUUCGAAGGUCAUCCCUUUCACUUCAUAGGAAAAUCCACAAGGGAAAGAAAAUCCAUGAAUGCGGUAAAUGUGGGCGAGGCUUCCGAAAGAAAUCAGUCCUUGUUCUACAUAAAAGAGUUCAUACUGGAGAGAAAACUAAUGAGGGUGAGAAGGCCUUGAGGCAGCAGAGCAGCCACCAUUUAGAGAAUCCUUAUAAAUGUAGAAAAUGCGGGAAAUCUUUUAGUAGGAUCUCAUCCAUCAUGCUUCAUCAGAGAAUUCAUGCUUCGGAGAAACCCUACAAAUGCCCUAAGUGUGAGAAGGUGUUCCAGCGGCUUUCAACCCUUAUCCUGCAUCUAAAAAUUCACAGUGGAGAGAAACUGUACAGGUGCAAUAAAUGCGAGAAGGUCUGUCACCGGCAUUCAUCCCUCAUUCAACAUCAGAAAGUCCACACGAGGAAAAAGAAACUCUUUGAAUGUAAGGAAUGUGGGAAGAUGUUUUCUGAAACUGCCAACCUUAAAAUACAUCAGAACAUUCAUUCUGAAGAGAAGCCUUUCAAAUGCAACAAGUGUAGUAAAGUUUUCGGCCGCCAGUCAUUUCUUAUCGAACAUCAGAGAAUUCAUACCGGAGAAAAGCCGUACCAGUGCGAGGAAUGUGGGAAAGCCUUCAGUCACCGGAUAUCUCUCACGCGUCACAAGAGAAUCCACACGGAAGACAGGCCGUAUGAAUGCGAUCAGUGUGGCAAGGCCUUCAGUCAGAGCGCGCACCUCGCCCAGCACGAAAGGAUCCACACUGGAGAGAAACCGUACACGUGCAAGACCUGCGGGAAGGCCUUCAGUCAGCGCACUUCCCUUAUUCUGCACGAGAGAAGUCACACAGGAGAGAAACCCUACGAAUGCAAUGAGUGUGGGAAGGCCUUCAGCAGUGGCUCGGACCUCAUCCGGCAUCAGAGAAGUCAUUCCUCAGAGAAGCCCUACGAAUGCAGUAAAUGUGGGAAGGCGUACAGCCGGAGCUCAUCCCUGGUUCGACAUCAGAAUACACAUGCAGAAGAAAAGGCCUAAGGCGAGAAACCCUAUCAAUGUAAGGAGUGUGGGAAGGCCUUUAAGUACGGCUCGCGCCUGGUUCAGCACGAGAACAUCCAUUCUGGCAAGAAACCCUACGAGUGCAAGGAGUGCGGGAAGGCCUUCAACUCGGGCUCCAACUUCAUUCAGCACCAGCGGGUCCACACCGGCGAGAAGCCUUACGCGUGUCAGGACUGCGCCAGGGCCUUCGGCCGGAGCUCCCAGCUGAUCGAACACCAGCGCAUCCAUACCGGCGAGAAGCCCUAUCAGUGCAAAGAGUGUGGCAAGGCCUUCAAUCGGAUCUCGCAUCUGAAAGUCCAUGGUAGGAUUCACACGGGGGAGAAGCCCUACGCCUGCAAGGAGUGCGGGAAGACCUUCAGCCACCGGUCCCAGCUGAUCCAACACCAGACUCUUCACACUGGCAAGAAACUCUAUGAAUGUAAGGACUGCGGGAAGGCCUUCAAUCAGGGCUCCACGCUCAUCCGGCAUCAGAGAAUCCACACGGGCGAGAAGCCCUACGCGUGUCAGGCCUGCGGGAAGGCGUUCCGGGUGAGCUCACAGCUGAAGCAACACCAGAGAAUCCACACGGGAGAGAAACCCUACCCGUGCAAGGCGUGCGGGAGGGCUUUCAAGCGGGUCUCGCACCUCGCUGUGCAUUACAGGAUCCACACGGGGGAGAAACCCUACACGUGCCAGGCCUGUGGGAAGGCCUUCAGCCACGGCUCCCAGCUGACUCAGCAUCAGGUCGUUCACACCGAGGAGAAGCCCUUUGACUGUAAGGACGGGGGGAAGACUUUCGAUCGUGGUCCCGCUACUCUUCGACGUCGGAGAAGGCAAAGUAGAGAAACACAGGUGAAUGUGAUAAACGUAGAAAAGCCUUCCAUCAGCGCUUACCCCUUGUUGAUCAUCAGAGAACUUAUGUUAGCAAGCAGCCAUAGGAAUGGAAGUGAUGGGGAGAGCCCAUUGGCUUAGGCUAGUCAUGCAAUCGAUGAAUGGAAGAAAUGGGGAGAGCCCAUUGGCUUAGGCUAAUCAUGCAAUCAAUGAAUGGAAGUAAUGGGGAGAGCCCAUUGGCUUAGGCUCGGCAUGCAAUCCAUGAAUGGAAGAAAUGGGGAGAGCCCAUUGGCUUAGGCUAAUCAUGCAAUCAAUGAAUGGAAGUAAUGGGGAGAGCCCAUUGGCUUAGGCUCGGCAUGCAAUCCAUGAAUGGAAGUAAUGGGGAGAGCCCAUUGGCUUAGGCUCGGCAUGCAAUCCAUGAAUGGAAGUAAGGGGGAGAGCCCAUUGGCUCAGGCUAAUCACAGCUUCCUC